GGGAAGUUUUCUUUUUGUGUUUACCUGAGAACAUUUUCUGCCUUUUUGGACAGCAGGGAUUUCUGGAUUAGAACAAAGAUGGACAGUUAAGAAAAGUAUUGAGCAUCUCCAAGGAAAGAGAAAACAGUAUGACACAAAAUAGGAGCUUUCUCAGAAACCUUUUACUUUACAAGUGUCUGUUUGCAUUAACUUUUUGGAACCAUGUCAGCCUCUCUGUGGAAGAUGAACUCUUUACAUCCGUUUCUGAUAAUUUUCCAGCAGAUGGUUCUAACCAAACAACCACGAGCCUGCCACUCCUGUAUACGAAGAGUUCUGAGUCCAAAGCGAAUUUUGAUUGGGUUGUGAUACAAAAUACUACAGAAAGCCUGUCAUUGUCAGAAAUCACAAAUAACAAUGUAAAAAAAUUGGUAGAUUUAUUAUCUAAUUUUAGGCGAGGAUCAAGGUUACAAAAUCUGACACUGACACAGGUAUCAGUGGAUUGGAAUGCUCUUAUGAAAUUAUUUCAGACUGUAUGGCACUCAUCCAUUGAAUACUUCAAUAUUAGCUGUGUAACACAACUGUCAGAAAUUAAAAGAUAUGACUUUGACUAUUCAGGUACCUCUAUGAAAGCAUUGACAUUGAAGAAAAUUCAACUCAAGGAUUUGUACUUCACACAGGAUGACGUAUACAGAAUAUUUGCAAACAUGAAUAUUGCAGACAUGACAAUAGCUGAUUCAGAGAUGAUUCAUAUGCUUUGUCCUUCAUCUAAGAGUCCCUUUAGAUACCUAAAUUUUUUAAAGAAUGAUUUAACAGAUUUUCUUUUUCAAAAAUGUGACAACCUACUUCAGCUGGAGACAUUAAUCUUGCAGAAGAAUAAAUUUGAGAGCCUUCGCAAGGUAAGCUUCAUGACCAGCCGUAUGAAGUCACUGAAAUACCUGGACAUGAGCAACAACCUGCUGCGUCACGAUGGAGCUGACGUGCGAUGCCAGUGGGCCGAGUCUCUGUCAGAGCUGGACCUGUCCUCCAAUCAGCUGGCCGACGCCGUGUUUGAGUGCCUGCCAGCCAACGUCAAAAAACUCAGCCUACAAAACAAUCAGAUCAGCAACGUCCCCAGGGGGGUGGCCGCGCUGAAAUCCUUGGAAGAGCUGAACCUGGCGUCGAACAGGCUGGCUGACCUGCCGGGGUGCAGUGGCUUUGCAUCCCUGCAGUUCCUGAACGUAGAGAUGAAUUCCAUCCUCACCCCAUCUGCUGACUUCUUCCAGAGCUGCCCGAGGGUCAGGGAGCUGCAGGCCGGGCACAACCCGUUCAAGUGUUCCUGUGAGCUGCAAGCCUUUAUCGGCCUGGAGAGGCAGUCGGGGGGGAAGCUGUUUGGCUGGCCGGCGGCGUACGUGUGCGAGUACCCGGAAGGCUUGCGAGGAACGGAGCUCAAGGACUUCCACCUGAGCCAACUGGCUUGCAACACGACGCUCCUGCUUGUGACAGCUCUGCUGCUGACGCUGGUGCUGGUGGCUGUGGUGGCCUUUCUGUGCAUCUACCUGGAUGUGCCGUGGUACGUGCGGAUGACGUGGCAGUGGACGCAGACCAAGCGCAGAGCUUGGCACAACCCCCCCGGAGAUCAGGGGCCCGUUCUGCAAUUUCACGCCUUCAUUUCCUACAGCGAGCGCGAUUCGCUGUGGGUGAAGAACGAGCUGAUCCCCAACCUGGAGAAGGGGGAGGGCUGCGUACGGCUGUGCCAGCACGAGAGAAACUUUAUGCCUGGCAAGAGCAUUGUGGAGAACAUCAUUAACUGCAUUGAGAAGAGCUACAAGUCGAUCUUCGUGCUGUCUCCCAACUUUGUGCAGAGUGAGUGGUGUCACUAUGAGCUGUACUUUGCCCAUCACAAGUUAUUCAGCGAGAAUUCCAACAGCUUAAUCCUCGUUUUACUGGAGCCAAUCCCUCCGUACCUUAUCCCUGCCAGGUAUCACAAGCUGAAAGCUCUCAUGGCAAAGCGCACCUACCUGGAGUGGCCGAAGGAGAGGAGCAAGCGUGCCCUAUUCUGGGCUAACCUGAGGGCAGCCAUUAGCAUUAACCUGCCAAAAGCUGAUGAAAACUGGUAUGAGGAAGAAGCUUUCUAAUGGAGUUUCACGUGUUCUUUACUUUGUGAAACAAUAAAUAUGAUUUCCAUUCGUCGUAAAUAUAUAUUUCAUUUUUUGUUACAC